AUGAUUAUUGACAAUGCCACAUCAUCGCCCAUCAUUGUAACCGAACACGAUAAUGUAACAAUGAAAUGUCAAGCUCGAGGCCGACCUACACCCUAUAUAGCAUGGUUUCGUCGACACAGAGAUGGCAAAGAUCGUCAGAAUGAAAUUCGAUUAGACAAUCAAAUUUUAGCCAACGAUACCGAUGGUAUAUAUCAUUUAAUUAAUGUUAGUCGUCAUCAAAAUGGACAUUAUGAAUGUCGAGCAUCGAAUGGCGUCAAUGAUCAUGUUGUCAGCAAAGAUAUUGAAUUACGCGUACUCUGUAAGUAA